AACGCUCUGUCAGGAAGUGCAUUCUGAGUUUCACACACUGAGAUAAUAAUGGCAGACAAGCAGCCCAGCAGAGCCCUGGAGCUCGACCUGGCCUUCCUGAAGUCCAAAAGAGGUUUACUGAAGAUAGCAGAGAUGGUGGUUCUUUUUACUGCGUUUGUGUGUUUUGCGGUGGCUGCCAGGCCACCAUACAUCGCAGCCACAUGUGUGGAGUUUAUCGUCACCCUUGCUCUAGUUUUGCUCUACCUGCUGAAGCUCAACAAAACCCUCACCUUCUUCUUCUGGCCUCUCAUCGAUGUGUUCAACUCGGUCUUUGCAGCGGCCUUCAUAUUUAUAAUUAGCAUCAUGGCUAUAUCCACUUACACAGUGCAGGGCACUUUAGCUGGAGGGAUGGUGAGUUUUGUGGCUGUGGUGUUGUGGUGUGUGGAUGGAUAUUACCUCUUCAAGAAAAUCACCUUCAACCAGCCGAGAGGAGCAGCCUAAAAAGAGGAGCAACUGCCGCCGCCUUCAGGCCUUUAGCAACCGAUUCAGUUUAACCCUCUGUGGUCUGAGUCAUUCUCUCGAUUUGUUCAUCUCUUCUUAAAUCCUCCUUUAAAGUCUCUUCAUAUAACAUGAUCCUCAUAUGUUUCAUCUUAACAUGCUCCGUUAUC